AUUUGACAGAUAACCAAGUUUCCAGUUAAAAAUUAAUCAGUUUUGAGAAUUAUCAUAUAUCACAUAUCGUUAUCUCGGUACAGACACAAAUAUUUACGAAACUUUGAUACUAUGCUGAUUGAGUAUUUAUGAUACUAUUUGUCAAGUUUAGUGCCAGUCAUAUCUUUGCCUAGCACCUGUGUAAUUCAACGAACAAAAAUGUUGAACCGCUUUAAGUCAGUAUUAAUGAGUGCUGUAGGCGCAAGCGAGCUUGGCCUACAGUACUCUAAUGAUUCAGACAAUGAUAUGAUGACAGAUUAUAUUAAUUCUAACUAUGUAGUAGAAGUAGAAAAUAAACCUUAUAGCCGUCCAAGUUUUCUAGGCUUGACAGCUGAGGAAACGCAGGUGAGUGCAGAUCACAGAGUAAGACCUAUAAUAGUUCCGAGAGAUCUUAGCCGUUUGCCGUGGUGUGCUGGCUAUGCAGAAUGUAUAAACGCUGGAAAGAGUACUUGGAAUGAAGAUCAAGCUUCAGCAACACGUGGAGAUUUAAAAUUAUCAGACGUUAAUGUUACACUACCUUAUGUCAUGUUUUCAAUGUUUGAUGGACAUGCAGGGUAUCAAGUGGCUCUUACAGCAAGAUUACAUCUACAUAGGAUAAUCCUUGAAAGGUUACUGGCUAUACCAGGCAACAUGCUAUUAAACGAAGAUGAAAAUGAACUGAUAAAGGGUAGAGAUCUAGUGACAGGUGCUAUAGAAUUAGCGUAUAGACAAAUGGAUCAAAUGGUAGAGUUGCAAGCUCAAAAUGGUGGUGGUGGUUGUACCGCUAUCACAAUUUUAUUUCUUAAUGGAAGACUUUAUGCAGCAGGAGCUGGUGAUUCAAGGGCCGUAUUAGUUUUGGGAGAAGAACAACGUGCUCUUACUAGAGAUCAUACUCCAGACUCCGAAUCAAAUCGUGUUAGAGCUCUAGGUUUUUUAAGAAGUAAUGAGUUGCUCAAAGGCCAUUUUACUCCGUUGGAAUUUAGAAAGAGACCGUUGCAAAAGGAAUUGGGAUCUUUGGUUUUAUAUAGAGAACCUUUUAUGACAGGUUGGGCAUAUAAAACUUUAACACAUCCAGAUUUAAAACUACCGCUCAUUUCAGGACACGGAAAAAGGAGCAGAGUAAUGGGAACAAUAGGCGUGACUAGAGGCUUUGGAGAUCAUGGUUUGAAAGCAGCAAAUACCGGUGUUAAUAUCAAACCAUUCCUAUCAUCACAACCUGAAGUACAAUCUUUGGAUCUGGACAGUUGCAAUCUCACCGAACGAGAUUGUAUUAUUGUCGCCACGGACGGACUUUGGGAUGUAGUAUCAGAUAAAACAGCGGCAGCAAUACUUAGAAAAACUCUUGCACCUGAUACUCCAUCAUUAGAAUAUAGACUCACAAUGGGUGCUCAAGAAUUGGUGCAAGCAGCAAGAGGUCGAUUAAUCGGUAGAGUAUGGAUGGGAAAACCGGAAAAUCCUAACGAUUUGGACGAAAAAUCCUCACCUAUAGCAUCGGUGGACGAUAUUAGCGUGUUAGUAGUACCUUUAUAUCCAUAUUUAUGCGAGCAUAAACAGUGGCUAAAAACAACACAGCAAGAACGAAGAUAUGCUGCGGAUUCACUAGCAACAAUGUGCUUCGAUUAUCCUAUCUCUAAUAGAUCCACUGAUAAUCCCUCAUAAUGCAUCAUUACGGUAAUCCAAUCAAAUGCUUUGCAAGCACUAGUGACAAUAUUAUUAUUCAAUACGCAGCUGACGAAUUACAUUUAUUUGCAUUAUUAUAAUGAUUUGUCGUAUAUUCACGAUGAUUUUUAUUUUACUGUAGAAUAAUUAGCGAUCUUUAAGUGCACAGUCGCCGUAUAUUCUUCUUGAUUCGCAAAAUACUAAAUUAUUGCAUACUGCCACGUAUAUAUGUUAACUACAAAUAGCUAUGUUCUUAUUAUUUAAAUAAACAUUCCACUGUGACAUUAUUUUAUAUAACAUGAAAUAUCUACAAUAUUCCGAAUAUAUGUGAUCAUAUAUAAGCACCUCGUAUAUAAGCAUUAAUUUCUAGAUUGUUACUAAUAUGUAACUAGUAUAGACUGCAUACAAUGUAACAUUGUGCGCAUAUAGACUGUACACAAUGGAUGCUUUUCAAUUGUAAAAUCACUAGGACACUUUCGUUACAUAUAAUAUCACAAAUUGUGUUCCAAUUGCUAUAAUCGUCAACAUAACACUACACAUUCGUACUCAAUCCAAGGGUUACUAGUUAGUUGUGUGAAUUUCACUCACACUGCUGGAUCAGUACACAUUAAAGAUUGCUUUUUAUAAAGUAUCU